GUUACAGUAUGGCGGCUCGGACUUGCGGAGGAGGACAACUUCUUCCAGAUUCCUCCCAGAAAACUGCAGCAAGGCGAGGGCUGUGAGUGUAACCAGCCGCGGCGACACGAGCCGGACUGCGGCACCUCGUGUUUGUCUUUUUUGCUUUUUUUUUUGUUCUUCCCAGGGAUAUAUCGGCGCCGGUGCGAUGCGUGAGGAGGACCCGCAGCCCCAGAAACUCCCCUGAUUUUUCCGCGUCUGUCUCUGUGACUGUCACUGAGUUAGCCGGCUAGCUUCUCGCUUAGCUCCCCUUCAUGCUAAUGACGGCCGCCUGCACGGGGGUUCCUGGUAGCCGAGAGACGCACUAGCUCCCCACUUAUAAUCGCUCCGGGAGACCGGGAUGGCAUGUGGCGUCCAGUCGGUGAGCGAGCUGGUUGAGAAAGGCGAGGAGAAAACAUUUGAGGACCUGGAGGAUAACUUUAUCAGCACUCAUUAGCCUAGCCUAGCUUAGCCUAGCCCUAGCCUUCUUGGUCCAACGCCAGGAAGGUCCGCGAGCUAGCCAAUUAGCAUUUUUAGUUGCACAAGACGACCCGAUAAUCCCCCACUUCAUCCCGGCUGGGUGUUUGGAAGCGUCUCUGCGCUCUGAUUCAGCAUCGAGAGCGGGCGCUGGAACGUUUUAGCCGGCGUUCAUGUUGGGAAGUGCGGGGUGUCGUGAGCAGGUCCUGGUGGUGCUCUCCGGAGGGAGUGGUGGCGGCAGGUAUCUCUAGCCGAGCUUCCCUGUAUCAGGGCAACAAGGUCACUUCGAUUAUCAUUCACAGAUCGCACAUGACACUUGACGCGGACCGUUAACGGGCGCGGACCGGGCGGAGGGGCUGCACGUUGGGGUGUGAACCUGCAGGACAGCGCGCGGCUCGAUGAUCGCUUCAAACUCUUCGCACACAUUUUCCUGGAUUCACCAGUGGGCACAUUUAUAAGUGUGAUCUGCUGCUGCUGCGGUCCUGGGAGGCCUGUGAAGACCCGGACCAGGGAGCCCGCGGGUUCCCCCCUCGCCUGCCACGGUGCUGGGACACUUUGAUGGACGUGUGGGGCUGUUUGCCAGACUGUCAGAGCUAUACUCAGUCAUGCAUGUCUUGACACAUGGCUCCUUGGUCUCCACAUAGCGCCUGCCUGCUGUCAGAUAUAGGUGUCGUUAUGUAGCUUUGGUGGACAGUCAGUGAAGGGAAUGUCUAGUCUUUUUUAUACCUGUUGGUUUGUUUUUUUAUUUACACUUUUUCCAAACACAAGAGAGUGUUGCUGUAUGUGAGUGGGACAGCGGUACAGCCCGGCCCGUGUACAGUGGACAAUGUUUAUUAGCUAGUGCCUAGAGAAUUAGAGGACUCCUGACUACUGCUGAGGCCACUUGUAUUGUAGAUUAUUCAUUGGGGAUUGUGACAGAAACCUGCCACUCUGGAUCAAGAAAACUUGUCCCUCGUGUCUGGUUGGAGUAACACUCUCAAGCCAAAAUCAAUGCCUUCAGCGCUGGCCGUGUUCGCCUGCCGACCAAACUCGCACCCAUUCCAGGAGCGGCAUGUAUACCUGGAUGAGCCAGUCAAGAUCGGCAGGUCGGUGGCUCGGUGCCGCCCGGCGCAGAACAAUGCCACCUUCGACUGCAAGGUGCUGUCCAGGAAUCAUGCCCUCGUUUGGUUCGACCACAAGACUGGCAAGUUCUACCUGCAGGAUACGAAAAGCAGCAACGGGACGUUCAUCAACAGCCAGAGGUUGAGCCGUGGCUCCGAGGAGAGUCCGCCCUGUGAGGUCCUGUCCGGGGACAUCAUUCAGUUCGGCGUCGACGUCACGGAGAACACACGCAAAGUGACCCAUGGCUGCAUCGUGUCAACAAUCAAACUCUUCCUACCUGAUGGGAUGGAGGCACGCCGACGAAGCGAUGUCAUCCAGGCUCCGUUACCGCUACCUGUAGACAAGGUUGCAGCCAACACUCCCAGUAUGUAUUCUCAGGAACUGUUCCAGCUCUCCCAGUAUCUACAGGAGGCCUUACACAGAGAGCAGAUGCUGGAGCAGAAGUUAGCCACUCUGCAGCGUCUGUUAGCCACCACUCAGGAGGCCUCAGAGAGCAGCUGGCAGGCUCUGAUCGACGAGGACCGCCUGCUCUCCAGACUGGAGGUGAUGGGCAGCCAGCUGCAGGCUUAUUCCAAGUCUCAGACGGAGGAAGGGAUCCGGAAGGAGCUGCUGGCUCUCCAGGAGGACAAACACAACUACGAGACCACGGCCAAGGAGUCCCUGAGGAGAGUCCUGCAGGAGAAGAUCGAGGUGGUCCGGAAGCUGUCUGAGGUGGAGCGCUCGCUCAGCAACACGGAGGACGAGUGCACCCACCUGAAGGAGAUGUCGGAGAGGAGCCAGGAGGAGCUGAGGGAGCUCGCCAACAAGUACAACGCCGCCGUCAACGAGAUCAAGGAGCUCACCGACAAAAUCAAGGCGGCGGAGGGCCGGCAGGAGGAGCUGACUCAGCGCGGGGCGACGGAGAAGAGGGAGCUGGAGCUGCGGAUCGAGGAGAUGGAGGAGAAGGAGCAGGUUCUCCAGGCUCGCAUCGAGGCCCUGCAGGCCGACAACGACUUCACCAACGAGAGGCUGGCUGCACUGCAGGUGCGGUUAGAACAGCUGCAGGAGAAAAGUGUUAAAGAAAACAACAGUCUGGAUGAGGCCUUUGUCCCCCGCGGACCCGUAGAGGAGCCCGUCCAGGACAAACAGAGUCUGCUGACACCUGAGGGCCAGGAGGAAGACGAGGAUGAGGAGGAUACAGACACCGAUGAUGGUGCAGUUGGUGAAGACCAAGACUUUGAUGACAACUGUCACGUUAACAACAGCGGAGGAGACUCGACUAGAAUCCAACAGUUAAUUGAGUGUCCGCCCGUCAAGCAGCUGAAGGAAACGGUGAGCUCCUCAAUCCACAAACUGGCCAACUUCGACGAAGUGAUGGACGCUCACUUACAGAACAACCAGACGGGAGAAGACGACAUCCUGGCCAGUCCUGACAGACUUAAAGGGAACCAGAUGGACGCCAAAGAGUCGGACAUGUCGGACACUCUGAGUCCCAGUAAAGACCGAAGCAGCGACGACACGUCCGAUGGAAACAUGGACGAUCAGGAGCUGAAUGAACCGCAGAACAGAGUCGCUCUGCUCAAAGCCGAGCUCCACCGGGCCGGUCUGGAGCCUGGAGACACGGAGCAGGUCAUCCACCAUCUCCACAGGGAGCUGCUGGAGGCCCAGGAGCUAGCCAACACCGGCAAGCAGAAGUGUCUGGAGCUGCAAGCUCUGCUGGAGGAGGAGAGGAAGAACAACUCGCAGCUGAGCGAGGAGUCGACCAAACAGAUCCAGUACCUGCAGACUCAGCUCGGGAAGCUGCAGGCCGACAUGGAGGCGCUGAGGGAGCAGCGGGAGAGCACCAUCUGCAGCACCAGAGAGGAGCUGUACUCCGCCCAGGAGGAGAUCCUCAUGCUGCGACACGCCAUGGAGGCGGCCACGGCGGAGCGGGAGCGCGAGAUCGCCGCCCUGCAGGCGGACCUGGGCGGCGUCCGCUCGGAGCUGGAGCACUGGAGGAGCACGGCCGCCAAGUACGAGGCGGAGAUCGGCCGGCUGCAGGAGGCCUUCGCGCAGCAGCAGCAGCAGCACAGCGCCGCCGGACAGCUGCAGGCAGAGUGUGUGACGUUGCAGGAGCGGUGUGUGUGUUUGCAGCAGGACUGUGACAGUCUGAGAGCCGAACGGAAAACUCUGACAGACAAACUGCACCGCCUGGAGGCCGAACUGAGCAGCACCAGGGAGCAGAGCCUGGUCCUCAGCAGCAGUCUGGAGUCUCUGGAGAAGAGGGAGGAGGUUUUGCAGGACAAACUCGGCUCUCUGGAGAAUCAACACCUGCAGGACGCCAGCAGGCUGAAGAGCCAGCUGGACCAGGCCCAGGCCCGCACACACACACUGCAGAGAGAGUAUGAGGACACACAGUGCCAGCUGUCGGACCUCCGUCAGCGCUAUGAGAGGACGGAGCAGGAGAAGCUGAACAUCCACCAGGAGCUGGAGCAGUGCAGGAGCAGCCUGAAGCUUCUGCAGGACAAAAGCAGCUCGCCAUCCAUAUUGCAGCCUGUCCAAGCCAUAUUCAUGGGCCUUGUCCUGGCUCUGCUCUACUGGUGUUUCGGCCAGUUGUGGUAGAAAGGGCGGUUGGGGCCCCUGGGUGCCGGUCAUCGCCGUGAUGGUCGCCGUGACGGCCGCCGUCCUCUACCCGAACCUCUCCAAGAGCAGCUCCACCUGAGGACGGACACACACACAUACACACACACACACCCCCAACACACACACACACACACACAGCGCUGUGAGGAGAGCAUCACUGCUUUACUUGUAUAAAGUGUAAUUGUACAUAAUUGUAGAGGGAUUAUAAAGGUUGUGGUUUCUACUCAGAAGCUUCUGGCUUUAUUUUGAUUCUUUUGUUUGUUUGCGUUGGCGGCUCUCGGCUGCGGUGGGGCUCAUGUCGGUUUUAUUUUGUCUCUCUGCUGAUUUCUGGGUAACAAAAACGCUCUCCUCUGGAGCCGAGCCCUCUAUCUCUCUCUCGCACACACACACACACACACACACACUCACACACACACACUCACACACAGAGGUGACAUUCUCCAGCAGCCUCGAAUCAAACGCCAAACAGACUUUUCCACAACAGAGAGCAACGAGAUAGAAAACCUUGCGGUGCGUUCGGGGCUGCUGGGAAACGCCGGCGACGAGGUGGUUCAGAGGCUCGGCUUGGGGUUUUUUUUUUUUUUUCCUUUCUUUUGUUUUCGGGUUUGAGGGUUAAAACUUGAAGCCAAAUUAUCAAAAUGAAAAACGAUUAAUUUUUAUGUUCUGGAGUUUUCGCACAGAAAAACGGGGUCAAAGUGCCUCUGAUGGAACUAACAGACACCACAGUUUGUGUAGGUGUGCACACACACUUUACCUGAGAGACACACACGCACACACACACAGGGUUUUUGAUGUGAUCGGAGGCCUGGAGGUGUUACACUUCCUUUAGCAUGUAGCCAACGUAGCAGUCCUUUAAAAUCUGGGGGAAAAUGAGUUUAUUUCAUGAUUUCAUCUCCGUGGGGUCAAACACUGUUUAACCACCUUUCAAGUGUUUGAUGAUAAAAAUGGUGGAACGCCUUCAUUUAAACACGUCAUGGCAUUGUGUUUUAUUCGCAAGGUUAAAGAGAAACUCAAACCUGGAAACCUUCAAAUAUCCAACGCUAAAAAUUUCUGUGAGUCUAAAAAUCUCAAAAGCUUCUUGAGCGUUUUUGUCCCUCCGAGCCUCCGUUCAGACGGGAAGCCACGACGAUGCUUCGCCAGGUUUUCAGUCUGGAAACAGGAAGUAUGUUCCCGUGAGCCUGACGUGAAGACGUGCAGAGUUUUAGCCUUCUGAGCUGGAAUUUGUUCCACGUGUCAAAUGACUCACUGCACCCCCUGGUGGCACAGAGUGGUUUUACACCACAGGACCAGCGAGCUCAUUAGCAUUUAGAUUUCUCUAACUUUCAGAUAAAAAUCCAGCUGAAAAUACUGAACUUUUCACUGUAUUAUGAAAAAAAUUGAAGUAGAAAAUUCACCAAGAGUAAAAUAAUUCUUAUCCAUAGAUGUUUGUAAUCCUCCAGGCCUCCGUACAGAUGGUGUGUGAACUUAUUUAAGUGGUGUGUGUAUGUGUGUGUUUCCAGUCUGACUCUUUGUCAUCGUUUGUGUACUCUGUCUUGUCUCCGUGUUUAAAGAGUAAAAAUUUAAAAAAAAAGUGUAAAAAGAAGU